GCAAUCACAAAUCCUUGGUUAUAUCAAUAAAUUUGGGUGGCCAGGAGACCACGCAUACAAACAGUUUUGAAGGCAAGAAAGAAACACUGAAAGUGAAGAUAGGCAGAAGGGCAUGGCUGCUGCAGCCUCUGUAGUGAUGACUUCACUGAGCCUGAAACCUUCUCCAUUCACAGUUGACAAAAGAGCUGUGAAAGGCCUUCCCUCCCUCACAAGAACUUCCUCUUUUAGGGUUGAGGCCAGUCGCAACAGGAAGGUCAAGACUGAUAAGCCUUAUGGAAUUAAUGGGGGGAUGAGCUUGGCGGAUGGACUCGAUGCAUCUGGCAGGAAAGCCAAGGGGAAGGGCGUAUACCAAUUUGUAGACAAAUACGGUGCUAAUGUUGACGGAUAUAGCCCCAUCUAUGAUCCAGAUGAUUGGUCUCCAAGCGGUGAUGUCUACGUUGGCGGUUCGACUGGGUUGGCAAUAUGGGCUGUAACCCUAGCUGGGAUUCUUGCCGGGGGUGCACUCCUUGUUUACAACACAAGUGCUUUGGCACCAUAGAAGACUCCCCUACAAAUAGUAGCCUGCCUAUUGUUCUAAUAAGCUUGUUCCAAUCCACUGUACGAAACAACCAACAUUAUGUCUCUAUAUGUACAUGAGUAAUGCUAGGGAUCAUAAAAAAAAUAUCAUGAAGAUGAUCAUGAAAAUUUUCACCUUUGAAUUGCACAUACAAUAAAACAUCACACUAAUCAAAGGAUGAAAAUUUUUUCCUAGUAUUAUUCUAUGUAUAUAUGCUUUUGAAACUUACCUAUAAUUUGUAUUAUUGUGGUGUAGGUUUGCUGUAAUAAUACUACGUUUGCAUGUAAAUUAAUCUAAAUUUUAUUACUUGCCUUUUGAAUAA